AUGGCGACGUGUGUUUCUGCAUGGACAAACCGUGAGGAAUUUGAAGAAGUCUAUCGAGAAUUGUACAGUAAUGAUGUAAAGAAGCAGAAACAUGCACUUGGUAGGAUUGCUGUUUGGAAAUCCAGGAUUCCUAGACUGCCAGUUGCCAUUGAAAACACAGCUGCCCUGAUUGGAGCCGGUCUAGAACAUCAACAUGAAAUUGCUGCUGGACGAGCAGACUGGGAAUCAAACCAUAAACUUAGAAAUCUUUAUGGGCUGGCACUUAUCAGAUUCAUCAAUGACAUCACUGAGACGAAACAGACUAAAUUCCAUGCUCGGUCAGUCAAGUCUGUUGCUUCAGAGCUUGGCCUUCCUGACUGGCUUAAAUCGUCUCAAGUGCUGUUCAAUGCAGUCUCAAUUACCUCAAAGAAUGUUUUUGGGAAAAACAAAUUGAGAAUAGCAACAACACCUCGUGUGACAUAUCUGAAGAAUCUCUUUCGGACAAUGCUCAUUGAAUAUCAGCAACACCAAUUUGAGAUGUUGCAAACAACAAAAUGGAUGAAAAAAAAGAACCUAAAAAAAUUAUUGGAUGAAAUGAAAUUAGUAUUAACAGGAUUGAGCUCUGAUAUUUUAUCUGUGCUGCUUGAGGAAGGCUAUCUUGUCCCAAAUGUUGAACAAUUAAAAGCUCUGCAUAUCAACCCUGAAGAUUUAAUAUCUGAAAAUGGGUUGUGGCUGCCGGAGAACCUGGUGACAUUUUGGAAGCCCUUGCUGAACAUCCUGCAUGAAAUCAAAUUUACACCUCUGCUGAUCAAACGAUUGAUGGACUGUGUGUGUGGGGAGGAACUGGCCCCCUUGCCUGCCCGCUUAAUUGCAGGCUGGUUGAUGACAAUCCUUUUCAACAUUCAUCAAGCAAAUCAAAUGAAUGAGGAUAAACAUUUUUUGUAUGAUAAACGUUGUACUGUGGCGUGGCAGACUCUCAUUGAACAGGCUAUCAGAGUGCCGAAAAAAUACACCCUCCACUUGGUUUUAUGGAUGCUUAAUGAAGGAAAAGGUCAUUUGAUGGAUUCUCAACGGAGUCAUUUGUUGGAAUUAAUCAACAUUUAUUUGUCCCAAGAUUUAAUCCCCUCCUCGUUUGAAAAUUGCCUCCGUGAAAAUGACACACGACAAAAUGAAAACCAAACAUCUUUUCACACAGUUGACGAAGUACUUCAAUUUCAAAGUUCAGAGAAAACGGAACUUCCUCCUCCUGUUGCAUUAUCAUGGCAUAUUUCCACUGAUUCUAUCAAUUGGGAAAAAUGUCCAUUGGGAUGUGUACCCCAGGAGAAAUUGUCCUACACCAGUUUGGAAUUUUAUGAUGAAAAUGAAUCAACUGCAAAGAAAAGGAGGAGAAUGUCAAGUACUCAUCAAAAUGGACACACAGAAUUUUACCUCCAAACUGAAAAUUCUGAUACAUUUGAAGUCUUGUGA